AGUGGGAGAGGGAGGCAGAGGGUUAGGAGGAGGGAGGAUGAGACGCACAGGGGCAGACAGGGAGAGAGAGAAUGAUGCUCUGCAGAGGAGCAGUAGACACAACAAGGAGGUAAUGGACGGCCGACAACCAGGUGGCUCCUCAUCUUUCCUUCUGCUCCAGCACACUUAUCCCCCAGCCCUCUGCCUUUGAUUUUCUGAUACUCAGGAUACCAGGGACUCAGCUCCCCAGUUCAGAAUAUCUGGAGAGGCACACUCUGAAUCAACAGCAGCGAUGGAUUCUCUCACUAGCAUCCUCAGUUGGAGACAAACAGACUCUGAAUGGUUCAGGGACUAGGGAAUCUCUUUCUGUUCCAGUAGAGAGAAUGUCAAAGAUAGUUUGAGCAGGAUAUAUGUGGAUUAGGGGACAUACUGUUGACAGUCUCUAUUCUACCACCACCCUUGAGCCCACCAUUUCCCCUCUCCCCUAUGUUCAUCUCACAGACACCAGCCAAAGAGGGACAGGUGAGAAGGGAGGUGAGAAAAGAGAGACUGUCCUAAUGGUCUUAAAUUUAAGUGAUUGAUUGUUUUUCAAAACCCAAAACAAGAGACCAGAAAGGAUUCAGAGAAGAUCAAAGUAAAAGGAGGUUACUCAAGGAAUAACUCAUAAAAUGGAUGGCUUAGCAGUGCUUUUGGUGCUCCUACCUCUGUCUGCACAGGUUACUCCAGUCAUGCAGAGAGAGGUCAGAUUCAGCCCUAUAGAUUCUGAGGGGCCCAUGGAGAAUGAGAGAGGGAAACCACUGUCUGGCUCUCUGUCCCCCAGUGUUAGCCCUAGCAUGGAGCCCCUCGAGGAGGAUGAAUGGGCACCAGUGGAGGCCUAUUUGUACAAUGCAAAUGCAACCCUCCUUGCCCAGGCAAAUUGUUCAAGGGCUUACCGUCUGCCCGGCCUGCAGGGUGUCCCAGCUGGACUUCGUUCCUACCUAAGCCCUGCUCUGGAUGCCCUAACCAAUACAGCCAACUUCCUCAACAUGAUCUUCCAGACUAAUGAUUUACGUGAAAGCAGUGUGACAGAGGAUAUGGAGUGGUACCAUGCCCUAGUACGAGGUCUACUGGAGGGUAAUCCACUCAUCCGUCGGGCCCUUCUUACUUUUGAUGCCCAGCCUGCUGCUUCUCGCCCUCAACUGGUUCUACGGGCCUCACGCACCUCCUGUAGGUCCCAAGAUAUCUUGCUGCAGGACCUGUCCUCUGCAUGGGAGUUGAUGCACCCCCCACCCCCUGCACCAGAUGCCAGCUGGUUCACUGCCCUCAAGUUUCCUGAGCUACCACAACAGGCACCAUCCCUUUCCAAGCGAUUGCUGCUUAAUGACCUGCGUACCUUGACUACACCCAAGUGGGGUAGAGGAGACAGCUAUGUAACAAACCAAGAUGGAGUACGUUGGGCUGAUGCACCGUUUCUGGAGUGUGAAGGUGGGCGAUUUGUGCCUGACUGGCUACUCACACUCUCAACAUCCUUCUAUGGCCUCAAGCCUGAUCUUAGUCCAGAAUUCAGGGGGGUGAUCCGUGUGGAUGUAAGUCUACAGAGUUUUGACCUGGACCAGUGUGCAAAGGGGAAGGAUUGGUUUUCUAACACACACCAGUGCAACCGUACUAGCAUGCAGUGUGAACCAACCAAUGGACAGGGCUUUCGACUGGGACAGUAUAGCUGCCACUGCAAAAAGGGGUACUACAGCCCAACAACAGCCUCUCAGGACACAUGUGUAGCAGGUCACAGUGCUUCACAUUCAAGUGGGCUUUGUGCCCUUGUCCUUCCUGUAUGUCUGCCCUGUUGGCCAGGCUGUUUGCGCUGUGAGGACGGGUCCCCCUGCAAGGUACAAGAGGACUGGUACCUACGAGCAGCCGUGUUGACUGUGCAGGGCUUCUUUAUGUUUAUAGUCUUCAUCAGUAUGCUUGUAACAUACCAGUUCCGCAGGAACAAGAGAAUCCAUGCAUCAGGUUUGUUACUGUUGGAGACCAUCCUGUUUGGAUCGGUGCUUCUGUACUUCCCUGUCUUCAUCCUGUACUUUAAGCCCAGUACCUUCCGCUGUAUCUUACUUCGCUGGGUUCGACUGCUGGGUUUCGCCAUUGUGUAUGGCACUGUGACACUGAAGAUGUACCGAGUCUUGAAGGUGUUCCUGUCACAUACGGCCCAGAGGGUCUCUUACAUGUCCAGCAUGCAGCUGUUGAGGCAGCUGGGUGUUAUUAUACUGACGGUCAGCUGGUUCUUGUCUGCCUGGACGGCUGGAGCACUACAGAAUCGUGACCGCAAUGUUCCCUUGCUGAUAACCUCCACCACAUCGGAAGGACAGAGCUUCACCUUGUGUGAUCUGGACCGAUGGGACUACAUGAUGGCUUUAGCGGAGGUACUGUUCCUGAUCUGGAGUAGCUUUCUCUGCAAUGCUGUGAGGACGGUCCCCUCUGCCUUUCAUGAGCCACGUUACAUGGGCAUCGCCAUCCACAAUGAACUGCUGCUCUCAUCAGGUUUUCAUCUGCUCCGUUUUGCCAUGCCCUCUCUACACCCAGACUGGAUGCUGCUGCUGUUCUUUACCCAUACACAUGUCACUGUCACAGUGACACUUGGCCUGCUCUUCAUUCCUAAGUUUUUGCAUGUAUCACAGCCACUACGGGAGGAGAUAGCAGCAGAGGUGUAUGAGGAUGAAGUGGAUCUGCGGUGCUCUGGCUCAUACCUCAACAGCAGCUUUACUUCAGCCUGGAGCGAACAUAGCCUUGACCCCGAUGACAUUCGGGAUGAGCUGAAGAAACUGUAUUCUCAAUUGGAGAUACACAAGACCAAAAAGAUGACUACCAACAAUCCUCAUUUGCAAAAGAAACGUAUUUCUCGCAGGACUAUAGGACUUUCAAUCAUGAAGCGCAUAACACAGAUCCCAGAAUCUAUGAGUCGCCAGUGCAGCUGUGAGAACAAGGAGAGAUCACUGGUUGUGGGAAGAGGUAGUUACUCAGGGUCAUUCAAUAAGAAUAAGGUUUUGGAGUCCAGUAGCAUCAGGUUCAAGGAAGAAUCAAAGCAUCAUGGGCUCUCAAUUCACAAAUCACAGAGCACUCAUGACUAUGUCAGAGAUCAUCAGUUCUACUCUAGAGACACUAAGGACCCCUUAGUGAGAAAGAGCCUGUCAAAUAAGGCUUCUGUGAACUCUGACACAGAGUCUAUGGAUAAUGUACCACUGGUGUACAAAUCAGCCAGUGCACACAACCUUUCAUCUGACAAAAAACUACAACUGGAGCCAAACAAGUUACAAAAGUCACUGAGUGUAAUGACAAAAAAUAACAUGUCCACUUCUCUGCAUCCCAACAAGACGAGCAGUCUUGAAUACAACUCAGAACAUAGCAGAGAAAACCUAUGGGAAAGAGAUCAUUCAGAAUAUAAUGCCACAAUCAGGACACAAACUACAAAUGCCCUUCUCUCUGGUUCAUUUGAUAAAGAAUGUCACCUCCCUGAAAACAAGAGUCAGAAGCAUGUAACUUAUGCUCUGUCUCAAGACAGUUACCAAGGCACUGCAGAAAAGGUACAAUCACCUAGCAGCCAGCAAAGUCUAAUUUCUCCUUGGAACACUUUUCCACAUGAUCCUCCAAGAGAUAAUGCUACUCUGUCAAGAAAGGAAAUGCAGAUGAAUGAGAGUAAAAAAGCUCCACCCAGAACUGGGAAUGAGGAAUCGGACUCUGACUCUGAAUCUAAGCCUAAGAUUCCUGUGUCCUCCAGUGCACCAGGUUCUCCCCUCACAGCCCACAUAAGACAGAAAGAUCAUCGGGUCUCAUCCUGUUAUGGCCCCCCUUGUAGCUUUAGCCUCUCUGUAAAAGGCUUAGUGAGGUUUGGGAAAGCCAGUGAAAAGAAUAAGAACAAAAAUGCUUCAGAUCAUAAGGAGGUCUCCCCUAAGUCAUUGAAGACAGUCCCCAAGAUUAAGACUGUUCCAGUGAUGAGUGACAAUAAAGAGAAAGCCCCCAUUGUAAUUCCAAGUAAAUCACCUCCACAGCAAAGAAGUGUUAAAAAUGAUAGCCGCUGGGAAGUGGAGGGAACUAAACCCUGUCUUGUUAAGCAGGCUGCAAUUAGAGUGUCCUCCAAUGAGUCCCAGGAGGCAGACACAAAAAAACAGAAGAGUCUGCCUGGGGGUAGUUGCAUCUGUCCGCAGGAGAAACUAGAAUCCGAGAAAAUAAAAAGCCCACAUUUUGCAGUAGCUCAUACUUCUAAAAAUAGUCAUGAUCAGAAUGCACCUGCUCAAAUGAGCGUCAAUACAGAGGUAUGUCCUAAGCCAUUCCAACACAAAACACAGAGACAGCAGAGCAGCAUACCAGACAUCUAUCCCUGUAGUGUGAAAGAAAGCAAUGUCUCCUCUGUCAAGAAGGACACUGUAAGAUCUGCCUCAGUAGGGAUUAAAGAUAUAGUGGCAAUACUUAGGCAAAGGAGUACACAUGCAAACAUAUGUCCUUGGGAUGUGCAGGACCGAGAGAUAACCACAAAGAGACAGGCUAGUGACUGCACAAAUAUGUGUCCCUGGGAAUCAGAGGAGCCAAAAAAAUCAAUAAGCUGUCAGCAGAGUGUUUAUGCAGACAUAUGUCCAUGGGAAAUGCAAGAACAAACUCCGGACAAUCAGGACAAUAAGGACAAAAAGGAUAAAAACAUACAUGCCACAGUAAUGAUGACCACUAAAAAAUUAAAGGAAAGAGAUCCUCCAUUUCAAAAUGCUGUCAAGACAGAAGUAUGUCCCUGGGAUGUUCCUGAUCCAUGUAAGCAGACACCACAAAGACAACAGAGCAUUGUAGCAGAUGUCUGUCCCUGGGAUGUUCCUGAUCCAUGUAAGCAGACACCACAAAGACAACAGAGCAUUGUAGCAGAUGUCUGUCCCUGGGAUGUUCCUGAUCCAUGUAAGCAGACACCACAAAGAAAACAGAGCAUUGUAGCAGAUGUCUGUCCCUGGGAUGUGCCUGAUCCAUGUAAGCAGGCACCACAAAGAAAACAGAGCAUUGUAGCAGAUGUCUGUCCCUGGGAUGCUCCUGAUCCAUGCAAGCAGAUGCCACAAAGACAACAGGGUGUUAUGGCAGAUGUCUGCUGCUGGGAUGUUGAGGAUCAAGAUAAGACAAAAAGACAGGAGAGUUCACAUACCAAUAUAUUUUCCUCUAAUUUCAAAGGACACAAUAAACCACCAAUAUCCCAAGACAGUGACCUUGCAAGUAUCUGUCCUUGGGAAACACAAGAUUAUUCUUUAAGCAAGGAGGACCAGUGGAGAGCUGAAUGCAACUUAAAGCCCACUAUUACAGCUGCUACCAAAAUACAUUUGGAUAGGCAAAUGCCAUCUAAGACAAGUGUUAAGUCAGAACAGUACACCUUAGAAGUCCUUGAAUCAUCUCAACCUGCACCAAAAAUAUGUUUGGACAGUAUAGCUGAUGUCUGUCCCUGGGAUUUGGAGGAACCAAGGGAGCAAACAAAAAGGCAGAAGAGUCUACAUACUGGCAUCUGCCCUUGGGAAACACAAGGCAUUCCUAGUGAGAGCAGCCAAAAAGAAGUGAUGUCCUCUAAACACACUCUCUUAACAUCCCUUAAAAAGUCUGGUGACCAAAUUUUGCCAAUUGAUACAAGUAUGAAGGCAGAGGUAUGUCCCUGGGACAUUCCUAAGUCAAGCCAACUGACAUCAAUUCAACAGCACGGCACCAUAGGAGAGGUUUGUCCCUGGGAUGUGGAAGAAAAUAACCUCUGCCAAGAAAAACAGAGUACUGUUAGGUCCUCAUUAGAGAGUGUGAAUGAAGCAGAGAAAACAAAACAUCACCUAAAGAGUGGACAUGAAGACAUCUGCCCUUGGGAGUUAGAGGAAACAGAGACUACAAAAGGACAAGAAAGUGUUAUAUCAAAGCAAUCAAGAAUCAACACAGACAUGUGUCAACCUCAAGCACUUCCAAACAUGGUUAACAUUUGUCCUUGGGACACAGAGGAUAUAAAACCCUGUCUUGUUAAGCAGGCAUCUAUCAGGUUAUCCUCUGAUGAGCCAUUAGAGGCAACAAGUAAUAAACUUGUGCUUGCUUUUGCUGAAAUACAGGAAAUGGAGGAGCCCAUAAGCCAUGACUAUGUUCGUGCUGAUAUCUGUCCUUGGGAAACUGAGGAGACAAAAGAAAAGAUGGAGAAACAGGAACAUAUCUUUGCCAACAUUUGUCCAUGGGAAGCUCAGUCACCUGAAAAGAUAGAGGCAGAACGCAGUACUCAUGCUGAAGUUUGUCCAUGGGAAAGAAAAGAGCAGGAAAAGGCAAAAGAACAAGAGCGAGUCAAUGCUGAUGUCUGUCCAUGGGAAACCGAGGAAGUUAGGUCUGAGCCGGUGGCUCCACUAACUACAAAACAGUCUAGUGACAGAGAAAUGACAGGUGGGACAACUAACCAGUGGGAAAUCGAUCAAAGGGAGAUGGAUAAACAAAGUAAGACUACAGGAGAUGAAACAGGUGCCAAGGCUCCUGAACCCUCAAAGAGAGAAAGGAAUUCAAAUCAACCAAUAGUCAGCCUCUCACAGAAGAUUGAUGGAGAUAAAUCCAGUCUGACUUUGUCUUGUAAUGAUGCAGUGUGCUCCUGGGAGAUACAAGAGGUCAAACCAGCAUUGCUUCAUAAGGAAGAUAGCAAUUCAGACAUCCCUCCCUGGGAAUGUGAAGACACAGUUGAUGACAAUGAUGCAGAGAGUGCUGCAGAGGCAUUUUUCUUCCCUGCUGACUUAUGAGCCACAAACUAGGAACACUCUAGCAUACAUUAAAUCUGAUCCAUGUGUUUGAAAGACACAUGUCUUUGCCUCUACGAAAUCAGGAGUUUACUGGGAUGAUCAGAAUGACUAUGGUGUUCCUAAAUCUGCUGAAAGGCAGUACACCACUGGGCCACAGUCUGCCAGACUGCUUUGCCAACAGGUGUUUCCCUUUCCUUGAUUGAAAGUCGUCUUGAAGCUGUCCCCUUUCUUCAUCCUGCCCAAUCCCUUACUACAUCCUAAAAUGUCAAUUUUAUGAUUUGUAAGAGAAAACAUGAAACAAAAUGAAGAUUAAGGCUAAAUAUCGUAAAUGACUUCUGUAGCUAAUGACCUUCUUCAAAGCAAAUCACUUCUCUGUGUUGUAUUUCAGGAUUCAUUUGUAUGGUUCAGUUGAUUCUAUGAUGAAGGACUUUGCAACCCUGGUUUUAGAAUUAAAUGAUGAGUUAAAGCAGUGGAUUACAAAAUUAACCCACCUUAUCUGGUUCCUUGAGUCUGAAGUUGAUUUUAUGGGUAAAAUUAAAACCAGCUUACCUUUGCAGCCCUGCAGAACCCGAGGUCCUCUGCUGCAGAAAAUCUGUUUCUACAAACAUCUACUAAGUUCCAGUGGACAAAAUAAGGACAGAAAAACAUAAAGGACUUUCAGGGGGUGAUAUCUACUGUUGCCAUCUGAGGAACCUGAACCUUGCAUCUGGUCCUUGUGCUUCUUGUUGUUUAGUGUUUGACGUUAUUUUUACAUUUUCAUCCCUGCCUUUUUGGAAUAUUCAGCUGUGUUUUGGUUUCUGAACUUAGGACUAUUUUGGGAGGGACAGGCUGUGGUUUCAUAUUUUCCUUCAUUCAUUUCUUUUGUGACUGAACCUGUGUGCAACAUUUAUUGUUUAAGGUAGUUGACCUUCGUCUUUACAUCGUCUUUAGAGACCUUGUAUUUUGUUGUAAAAUAAUAAAUUUCUUAAUUCCAGUCUGAUUGUGAGUUGUAAAUUGCUCUGCCUAUCAGUAAAUUUGUUGAUUUAAUUGAAAACUAAUAUAUUCAAUAAUAUUGACCAAAUAAAAUUAAAAUACAUGUAUUUUAUAUGUUGAACAAGUGAUAAGUUUUAACUGAUUUGUUCAGUAUUCAGACUGCUGAAUGUUAAACAACUGUUAGCCAUUAGUGCUGUUGGAUUCAGAAUAUUUUACACAAUCCUCGCUGAGCCAGCAGUCCCAAAACACUGUGACAAUUGGUUAAAUGGUGUAGGAGUUUGAAAAUUCAAAAUGGCAGACAUAAAUAAGUUACAGAAAGCAGUGUCUCAAGAGCUAUAGCCCUAAUUGUUAGAGUGAUAGUUAUAAUCAUUUUUCAAUCGUGGUGCCCAUGUGCCCCUACAUUUCUGAAAUUUGGAAAUGCUAAUUCAAAGUUACUAUCUGAUGAUAUAUAUCAAGUUCCAUAGGUAUCUGACUUUGCAUUCAGUUAUGGCUCAAUAUGUCAUUUAUGUGCCACACCCUACAAUUAGCAUAUAGCAGCUAAAUGAUAAUGAGUACCAAAAAUCUUUCAUCUAAGUCAAGGGAGUCCCUAGAUCCUUUUUGUCAAAUCUGGAGGUGACUAUAUAAAUGGUCUAGGUCGGAGGAGAUUGCAAAAAUAGGUUUUUGAGAAAAUUUUAAAUGGCAGACAGAAAACAGAUACAGAAAGUUAAUGCAGAUGUAUUCAGGAUAACCCAAUUUUUUUUUUCUCAAUCCAAUAUUUCAAGUUAUAAUAGUAAAAAAGGGUUGCUGUAGCAUCCCCUGUAGGUCAGUCAUCAAAACUUUAAAGGCUGGGAGGAGGGCAAUACUUGCACAUAGGUGCCAACAUUCAAGAGGAUAUGGCACAAACAAGAGUGUAAAAUGGCUGCUGAAAUUUCAUAGGCUGAUGGCAGCCAUA